AUGCGUAGUUUCGCUAUAUCGAUUGCUGCCGCGGCACUCACCGACCUCGCACAUGCAGCCCCUGCUGCAUCAAGUUUCGGCACUAAUGGGUCACUCCCGAAUCUUGGGCUAUACCAAGAGCUCAUUGAGCUGGACUUGUUCCACAACGGCCUCGCCAAGUUCUCCGCAGAGGAUUUCCAAAACGAGGGCCUGAACGCGGACGACAUGUACCUCCUUCAGUUCAUGGCGGACCAAGAAGUAGGCCAUGCUACAGCCAUCGCAAUAUGCUCGGACUACUCGUACCCGUUCGAGACAGUUCGGGAGUUCCUCCAAUUCAGCGAGUUCGUCACGCGCUUCGGUGAAGCGGGCACUUAUGGCUUCCUCGAGCACUUGAACUCGCGCGAUGCUGCGCAGAUCGUCCUUCAGGCUGUCACGACUGAGGCUCGCCAAGAGAUGAUCUUCAGGCAAUUCGAGGGAAUCUUCCCCAUGCCGUUCUGGUUCAACCCCGCAAUCACUCAGAGUAUGCAGUGGACGCUCAUGGCCCCGUACAUCGUGGGCUGCCCCGACGACAACGCCCGCGUCGAGUUCCAGAACUUCCCUGCGCUCAACAUCACGAACAACCCGAACGUGACACAGUUGACGAGCAACUCCACGCCGGCCCUUCACGACCCCGGCGAGACCAUCUACCUGGAGUGGGAGAGCCCCGGCAAGUCAGUCGGCCCGAACAACUCGUAUGUCACAAACACGACUGCGGGCGACCCGAAGUUCAUCGCGUGGAUCUCGCAGCUGAACGUCACGUACACACCGCUCACGAACAUCAGCGGCAACAGCGGCCACACGACGCAGCCGAACCUCACGAUCUACAGCCAGUCGAAGUACACGGACGGAAGCACGGCGCCGCUCAUUAACGGCACUGUCUUCGUGCUCGUCACAGACGAUGAUACCAUCCAUGUUGUCGCAGGCCCUGCGGCCUACUUUUCGGGAUGA